AUGAGGAGCUGGCAGCGGAUGUUUGCGGCGGUGAUGCGCCUGCUCCUCAAGUGCCUGCGGCUGGGCCGGCGGCGGCGGUUUAAGCUGGUGCGGCAGGCGGAGCAGCUGUGGCACUAUGGGCACCUCUGCCUCCACUCCCUGCUCUACAACUCCUUCACCAACAGCGAUGUGGUGCUUGACUCUCUCUUUGAGCCCAUCUACUGGCUGGUGGACCAUGUCACCCGGUGGUUUGGCGUGGUGUUUGUGGCACUGGUGAUUGGGCUGACAAGCUCCAUUGUGGCCAUCGUGUACAUCUGCCUGCUGCCCCUCAUCCUGCAGACCUACACGCCUGCCUGGAUCUGCUGGCACCUUGCCUACGGACACUGGAACCUCAUAAUGAUUGUCUUCCACUACUACAUGGCCAUCACCACUUCGCCUGGGCACCCACCUCAGGCCAAGGACGAUCUCACCGGCGUCUCCAUCUGCAGGAAAUGCAUUGCCCCCAAGCCAGCUCGCACCCACCACUGCAGUAUCUGCAACAGGUGUGUGCUGAAGAUGGACCACCACUGCCCCUGGCUAAACAACUGUGUGGGACACUACAACCACCGCUAUUUCUUCUCCUUCUGCCUGUUCAUGACCAUGGGCUGCAUCUACUGCAGCAUCAGCGGCUGUCGGGAUGCCUACGCAGCCAUUGAGAGAAUGAAACUGCUUGAGAAGGAGAGACUGCAGGUGGCUGCCAAUCAGACAUACUACCAGACCCCACCACCCACCUUCUCCUUCCGCCAGCGAGCUUUCCACAAGAGCGUGGUCUACCUCUGGGUCCUGUGCAGCUCGGUUGCAUUGGCCCUGGGUGCCCUCACACUGUGGCAUGCCGCCCUCAUCACUCGUGGGGAAACCAGCAUCGAGAGGCACAUCAACAAGAAGGAGAAGCAGAGGCUACAGAAGAAAGGCAAGGUCUUCAGGAACCCCUACAGUUACGGCAGCUGGGAUAACUGGAAGGUGUUCCUGGGUGUGGAUGUGCCAAGGCACUGGCUCACCCGCGUCCUGCUGCCCUCUCCUCACCUGCCCCACGGGACGGGCCUGAGCUGGGACCUGCCUCCCUGCGUGACUGAGCAGCAUGCACCGCUCCUGGCCAUCUGA